AUGUCUUCCCCACAGCUUCCAGCCUUCUUAUGGGACAAGGGUACGCUCACCACUGUCAUAUCUGAUCCUGCUUACCUAAUAAAAGUUCUCUUCUUCUUUGCACUCCUGAUGACUCUAGUCACUCUGCUCAUUCUGGUCUGGAAAGUCACCAAAGACAAAGGCAACAAGAACAGAGAGCCAGACCCAAGGAAGGAGGCGGCGCUGCUGGCAUGA